AUGCACCGAACCGACGCGGAUGUUCACCAAGUCAAAGUUGAGUUGUUCGUCUUGGAGUACGUGCGGUCGCACCAGCUCAAAGAGGUCGCAGUCACCGAGAUUCCCGAUCAUCAUCCAGUCUUGAAACGACGGUCGGUAGCCGUUGGUAAGCAGCAGAUUGACGAUGUUGAGAUGCCGGCCGUAGAGCGCGAGAUACAGGCAGUCGUUGCAUUGGUCGCGUCGGUGUUUCAGCAGGUAUUCCACUACCGCGUGGCUACCGUUGCGUGCCGCAUACUGGCACGCCGCUUUCCAGUUGAAUUUGCCGGCCAGUUUGUCGUUGGCGAGAAUCACCUGGAGCAGCUUGACGUCGGUGAUAUGCGAGCAGCGGUCGCCGAGCGCCGACGGCAGACUGGCGUUGAUCUUUAUGAACAGCCGGAGUUGCACGACCGAGAAGAGCGGCCGCUUGUAGUGAUGCCACGGCGAUGCAACACUGAUAUUCUGGCUGCUGGCGAUGAUCAGCUCGUAGAGACACUCGAGCAUGCCGAGAUCGAUGCAGCUGCCAGACAGCUGUUCAUAUUGAUACUUGAACAGCGCCGAUAUCGUCGCCUGACUGACCGACGACGACUUGUAACGAUCGCGAUAAUAUUGAAACGCGAAACGGAACAACUCCACAGAGCCAUACUUGCUAAACUCUAUUAG